AAACGAGCCGAAAGCUGUCGCUAGCCGUCGAGCUGAACGUUGAACGGGCGUCUUUUGUUUUCUGAAACGUUGUUAUGAAUUGACACCGCGUUUUGGGGCUCUCUUCGGUCACAAGGUGCUCGGUUGGAAAGGGUGGGUGUCGGGCAUGUGCGCCUCUGGCAAGUAUAGUUCGCGGGGCCCAGCGCUUAUCCCGCGAAUGAAGACCAAACACCGCAUAUAUUACAUCACCCUCUUCUCUGUGGUCCUCCUUGGACUCAUAGCCACAGGGAUGUUCCAAUUUUGGCCCCACUCAAUCGAGUCCACAACUGAUUGGACCCUGGAUAAACGCAGUGUCCAUGAUGCACCUCUGGUUCGCCUCCCUGUUUCCAGCCCAAUCCCUGAGAGGGGGGAUCUCAGUUGCCGCAUGCACACUUGUUUUGAUGUUUAUCGAUGUGGCUACAACCCCAAGAACCGAAUUAAGGUGUACAUCUACCCACUACAGAGAUUUGUGGAUGAGGUGGGGGUUCCCAUCAGUAGCACGGGGCUAUCACGGGAAUACAAUGACCUGCUCACUGCAAUUUCUGACAGUGACUUCUACACUGACGACGUCACUAGAGCUUGUCUUUUUGUCCCCUCCAUUGAUGUACUGAAUCAGAACUCCCUGCGAAUCAGAGAGACUGCCCAAGCUUUGGCCAUGCUACCCAGGUGGGAUAAAGGAAUGAAUCACCUCCUUUUUAACAUGUUACCAGGAGGCCCUCCAGACUACAACACUGCCUUGGACGUGCCCAGAGACCGAGCGCUGCUGGCAGGAGGAGGUUUCUCCACGUGGACCUACAGGCAAGGUUAUGAUGUCAGUAUCCCGGUGUACAGCCCCCUGUCUGCAGAUGUUGAGCUGCCUGAGAGACAGCCUGGGCCACGGCGCUACUUCAUUCUCUCAUCUCAGACUGCCAUCCACCGGGAGUACCGCGCCGAGCUGGAGCGUUUGAAAGAGGAGAAUGGGGAGGCACUGCUCCUCUUGGACAAGUGUAGUAACCUCUCCCAGGGAGCCGCGUCCGCACGCAAACGCUGCUACAAGAGCCAGGUGUACGACUACCCACAGAUCCUGCAGGAGUCAUCAUUCUGCGUGGUUCUGCGUGGGGCCCGUCUGGGUCAGGCCGCCCUCAGCGACGUGCUGCAGGCUGGCUGUGUCCCCGUCAUCUUAGCUGACUCCUACAUUCUGCCAUUUUCUGAGGUGCUUGAUUGGAAGAGGGCCUCGGUGGUUAUUCCAGAAGAGAAGCUGUCUGAGAUGUACACCAUUUUAAAGAGUAUUCCUCACAGGCAGGUGGAGGAGAUGCAGAGACAGGCUCGCUGGUUCUGGGAGGCCUACUUCAGCUCCAUGAAGGCCAUCGGCUUGACGACGCUCCAGAUCAUCAACGACCGCAUUUACCCAUACGCCUCGCAUACCUACGAGCAGUGGAACAACCCGCCCGUGGUGAAAUGGUCCAGUGUCAACAGCCCGCUGUUCCUGCCCCUCAUUCCACCAAGGUCACCUGGGUUCACGGCAGUUGUACUUACCUACGACCGCAUUGAGAGUCUCUUCCGGGUCAUCACGGAGAUAUCAAAGGUGCCCAGCUUGGCCAAGCUGCUGGUGGUGUGGAACAACCAGAACAAAAGCCCUCCUGAAGAGUCUCUCUGGCCAAAGAUAGCGGUGCCUCUCAAAGUUGUGCGGACCAAGGAGAACAAGCUGAGCAACCGUUUCUUUCCCUACGACGAGAUUGAGACGGAGGCUGUGUUGGCCAUCGAUGAUGACAUAAUCAUGCUGACGUCAGACGAACUGCAGUUUGGCUACGAGGUGUGGAGGGAGUUUCCAGACAGGCUGGUGGGCUACCCUGGCCGGCUGCACCUCUGGGACCACGAGAUGGGGAAGUGGAAGUAUGAGUCGGAGUGGACUAACGAGGUCUCCAUGGUUUUAACUGGAGCUGCCUUCUACCACAAGUAUUUCAACUACUUGUAUACAUACAAGAUGCCAGGAGACAUCAAGAACUGGGUCGACGCUCACAUGAACUGUGAAGACAUCGCCAUGAACUUUCUGGUGGCUAACAUCACCGGCAAAGCCCCCAUAAAGGUGACCCCCAGGAAAAAGUUCAAGUGUCCUGAGUGCACUGCUAUUGAUGGACUGUCCCUGGACCAGACGCACAUGGUGGAGAGAUCCGAGUGCAUCAACAAGUUUGCGUCAGUGUUUGGCACGAUGCCUCUGAAAGUAGUGGAGCACCGCGCCGACCCGGUGCUCUACAAGGACGACUUCCCCGAGAAGCUCAAGAGCUUCCCCAACAUCGGCAGUCUGUGACCGGCCCGGAACGGAUCUGGACCCCCCCCCUCCCCCCCAUGCCACGUCUAAAUGAACUGCCCGCCCCCUCAUCCUCACUUGGUUGUCCUUUCAUAAUUUAGCAACAACCCCCCCGCCCCCCCACACACACACACACACUUGGGUUCAACAGAUGAUGAGGUGAUAAGUGAUCAGUGAUUUUAAAGUUUAACCGUGAUCUAGGGAAACGGAGUAUAAUUGAGCAUUGUCUCGUUGGAGCAGUUCUGGAAGAUGGAGCUUCGGAGGGAGGGAUGUCUGUGUGUGGCAGGCCUGACCAAAACGGAGGGAAUCCAUAGUUACUGAAGGCAGUUGCUGUCAUCCGGCGGUCCUACUUUUUUUACAAUUCCGUAGUCUCAGGCGGCGUGAUUUGGUGGAACCGAGCACGUGGCGUCCGUCCACUCGCCUGGUUUAACAAAGGGCAUCGAGACAAGCCACCUCGAGACGUUGGGAGGCUUCCACAUUCUUUAUCGUUACAUGGAUUGGAUUGAUACCUCCGCCCUGCCGUUUGGCAGGCGGAGCGAGCGAGCGGAGCGUUGUGGUUUGGGAGCCGGACGCCCCGCGGGGCUCGGGGAUCAUAAAUUAAAGCAGCGCCGCCUUGCCGCAGUUUUGAGAGCUGACCGGGCGACGAGCCGCCUACCUGGACCUACCGUGUGUUAUAGAACGUUAGUGUUUGUUGAAGCAGCCAGCGUCAUUUAUAAAGAGUCCCAAGUGGGAUGUUUUUUUUUUUUUCUAUCUUAAUUUUUAUUUGCCUCUUAGAACGGAAAAGAUGAAGUCAGUCAAGAUGAACUCGUCUUUUCCUGCACACGUGCUGCCGGGCAGGAAGAUGAGUCAGUCUGUGCCAUAAAUGACACAAGUGACUGGUGACGUUAGUGUGUGGUACUUCAUCAGUAUGGUAGGAUGUAAAGUAACACUGCUAAGAGAUGGUGCACACACACACACACACACACACACCCGUCUCGUUUGUGUGUCAACGCACAUUUGCUGACAGAUGUUGCCGGCUGAGCUAAUGAAACGUGUGUAAUUGCACUUCGCCGCAGACCGUUUCAUCGGGCGGCGUUUCGAGAGGCGCUCGGACAUGACAGGGUGUGUACUGAGAGCGAGCGCCGAGCUGUUAGCUGCUCUAUUUCCUAAUUUGUGCGUACGAGUUCCGCAACGGUGUAGGGCUUUUUUUAAUGGGUGUGUUGAGAACACAGCAAGAGCGAUGAGUCCGCGUCAGAAGAACGAGGCUGCAGACCAACUGAUGUAUGUGGACCCAGUAGUCCUGGUCCGUGUAGUGUUGUCUGCCAGUGUCCUCUCACGGUUCUGUUUGUCUGAGCUGCGUCGGCCAUUACACACAAGCCUAACGAACUUUAAGAUGUUAAUAUUGCUCUGUCAUAUUUUUCUUUACCGUUUUUUACUUUCAUAAGCUGUAUAGUAAGUGAUGAGACUCUCUGGAAACAAGCUGUAAAAUCAACACAUGUACUGUAUUACUGUAUACAUAAACACAUGUACUGUAUACACAAGUACACGAGUGACUUUGCAGUACCUGAUGAGUAAGAAUACAUGAUGUGCAAGCUUCCUGCUUUGAGGGAUGACGACAUCUUUUCUGUUA